GAACCUGCUGCUGUCCCGCGCUCUGGCUGUAUUGAUCCAUUCAGCUGCUGGACAUGGACAGUGCGGGCCCCGUCACCGCCGCGGGGUACUGGAGCUCAAUGGCGGGCCAGGGAUGGAUGGAGCUCAAGCUCACCGAAUGUUCCCUGCCCACGCCACCUGGACCCAAUAGAAAGAGCGAAAAACGCAACCUCCGCAGCCAGAGACGGCGGUGGUACUGGUGGAAAACAAUGAAGCCCCAGCCAUCGACGAGGCACUGCUAGCGACGUCUUUUGCUUUUUUUGUGCCUGGCUGCACCCUGUUCCCAGCAGAGCGUGCAGUGGCCUGCCGUCUUCUGCGAGUUGCCUCGAUCGGCUAGACUAGAAACACAGCGUCUGCGUGCUACGCUGUAGGAAACCCAGACCGCCAGCACAUACGGGGAUCGACCGGCGCUGGGGUGAUUCUAGGUACCUAGGAACGUGCUGGCUUGAUGUUUGGGGUGUACUGACUGCGAGACUGCACCAUCUCAACAUCAGCCCGCGUCAUUUUCAAUUUUUUCUUUCUUUCUGUCCAACCUUCUUCUCCUCUCAUCGGGUUCCUCACAGCCACAAAGCCAGGAACGAGACUUUCCUCCCCUUGGGCGGCAUCUCUUCGGCGCGUGAAGGAGGGCGGGCAUAUGCUGCCGUAAUUUCCAGACUGCAAGCCACAUAAUUAAUACCCAUCUGUCCAUCACCACCUACCUCUCUAUACCUUCUACAUUCGCUUCUCAGAGGGUCCGGUACCCAUAGGCCGGUGCGAAGCGAGUGGUGCUAGUGUUCUUCUUGACUCUCACGGUUCCUGUUUCCCUUCACCAGGACCUGCCCUCUGGGAUACCCUUCAAUAUGCACAUCAGGGAGAUGUUGGCCGAGGCCGACAGGACCGGCAAGCCGUCCUUCUCGUUCGAGUACUUCCCGCCCAAGACGGCUCAGGGUGUGCAAAACCUCUACGACCGCAUGGAGCGCAUGUAUCACCUUGGCCCUAAGUUUAUCGACAUCACCUGGGGUGCUGGCGGUCGCAUCGCCGAGCUCACCUGCGAGAUGGUCACCCAGGCCCAGACGUACUUCGGCCUCGAGACAUGCAUGCAUCUCACCUGCACCGACAUGGGUGUCGAAAAGGUCAACGAUGCCCUCGCCAAGGCCUACAAGGCCGGUUGCACCAACAUCCUUGCCCUACGCGGCGACCCUCCCAGGGACAAGGAGAAGUGGGAGGCUGCCCAGGACGGAUUCCAGUACGCCCGUGACUUGGUCGCCCACAUUCGAAAGACCUACGGCGACCACUUCGACAUCGGCGUCGCCGGUUACCCCGAGGGCUGUGACGACAACAAGGACGAGGACCUACUGUUGGACCACCUCAAGGAGAAGGUCGACAUGGGCGCUUCCUUCAUCGUCACCCAGAUGUUCUACGAUGUCGAGAACUUCCUGCGCUGGGUUGGCCGGGUGCGUGAGAGAGGUAUCACCAUCCCUAUAAUCCCGGGUAUCAUGCCCAUCGCAACCUACGCGAGCUUCUUGCGCCGCGCCAACCACAUGCAGGCCCGCGUACCCGAAGAGUGGAUCCGCCGCCUCGAGCCUGUCAAGAACGACGAUGCCGCCGUCCGGAUCAUGGGGAAGGAGCUCGUUGUUGAGAUGUGCCGCAAGAUUCUGGCAGGAGGCAUAAACCACCUCCAUUUUUAUACCAUGAACCUGGCUCAGUCUACCACCAUGAUCCUCGAGGAGCUCAGCUGGCUACCCUCCCCGACCCAGCCGCUCAAGCAGGCUCUCCCGUGGAAGCAAUCACUCGGUCUUGGGCGUCGUGGCGAGGACGUGCGCCCCAUCUUCUGGCGGAACCGCAACAAAUCGUACGUCAUGCGCACGCAAGAUUGGGACGAGUUCCCCAACGGCCGCUGGGGAGACUCGCGGUCCCCUGCCUUUGGCGAGCUGGACGCGUACGGAAUCGGCCUGGUCGGGACCAACGAGCAGAAUAGGCAAAAGUUUGGUGAGCCACGGUCUUUCAAGGACGUGGCCUCACUCUUUAUCCGAUAUGUAGAGAAGGAAAUCACCACUCUCCCCUGGAGCGAGGCCCCGCUCACGAGCGAGGGAGAGCUGAUCAAGGACGACCUGCUGGACCUCAACCGCCGCGGCCUCAUCACUAUCAACUCGCAGCCGGCCGUCAACGGGGUCAAGUCGACCCAUCCCGUGCACGGCUGGGGUCCGCCGAACGGUUACGUUUACCAAAAGGCGUAUCUGGAGCUGCUCGUGCACCCGAGCCUGUUUGCCGACAUGAAGAGCCGCCUGCACACCCACCCGGACCUGACCUACUAUGCUGUCACAAAGUCCGGAACCCUGGAGACCAACGCCACCUACGAGGGACCUAACGCCGUCACUUGGGGAGUCUUCCCGGGUAAGGAGAUUGUGCAGCCGACCGUGGUCGAGGGCAUCAGCUUCCUGGCCUGGAAGGACGAGGCGUUCCAGCUCGGAAUGGAGUGGGGUCGCUGCCACGAAGCCAACUCACCCAGCCGCGUCUUGAUCCAGAAGAUGAUGGAGGAGUGGUAUCUGGUUAAUAUCGUGAAUAACGACUUCCACUCGCCACGCACAAUUUUCGACCUGCUCAAGGACAUCAAGGUCCCAGAUCUUGAAAAGGAGGUUGCUAUCCCGACCGACCAAGGGCCGGAGACGAACGGCAUCAAUGGGACCUCGGUCAUCACCAACGGCUCCCACCCGGCUGCUCCCACGGCGACGGCCGCGGUUGCCGUCUAAAACCGUCGACCUCUCCGCCAACUUCCCAACUCUCCUAUGAAAUCACUUUUCACUUGCUUUUACCUUUCACUCAACAUAUUUAAUCAUCCACCACUCUCAUGGGCGACGAUAAGGCGGAGCGCAUAACCUAGCCAUCUGUACUUCUUCUUCGUAUUCUUCACCUUGUCUUCACACGGGCGUUAUUGGGCCUGAAAGGGCAAAAUCUGGCUGCGAGCGAAUUUUUUUCAACAAAAAAAUGAGCAUUUUCUGGAACGAACGGGAUGGGGCUGGGGUUGGGCUGGGCUGGGCUGGAUUGGCCUGGCAGAAACAAAAGAAAAACCACCAACACUAAGAUUGCUGGCGGAAGCACGGGGGACGUAACCACAAAAGACGUCCGCCCACAUGACAGAGCAUGCAUCAUAUCUCAACGAUACCCACCCUUUUUGGACACCGAAAUUCAUGCCGGGACGAUCGAUGCAUAUUCUUACGCGUUUUUUUUCUACAUUAUUCUUCUUGUGCUCAAGGGUCCAAUCUCUUAACUAGAGCGGACAGGAACGGUGGCGGAUGAUUUGGGGAUGGGGUGUUUCUUCGUCGGGGCCGGGCUAGCCGGGGUUCCCCUUUCAACACGACGACGGGACGAUAGAGGUGUUUUUGUUUACUUGUUAAAUCCUCUUGCCUGCAUGGCUACAACACAAAACAGACUGUUGCAGGCUGAUAAAUGCAUAUGUGCGCCAGCCAUGGGUGUCAUCCACGCGUUCAGACGUUUGAGCCAGACCAUGUGACGCCACAAAGGGGUAAGAUAAAAAAAAAAGGACGCGCAACCCAAC